AUACUGAGAAGAAAAUGUGGCGCUAGACAGGCAGAAGCAGUUGAGUGAUCAUGGCCGUGUGGUCCCCGCCCAGGCUAGAUCUGUCGAGCACAGAUCUCAUCGCACGUAAUUCACACGAGGAGGAACUAUGGCGAAUGGCAAGGAUCCCCUGACUCAGCUGAAGGAUCUGGCACAGCUCAAAGAUCAACUCGAAGAUAUUCAGAAAAGAGUGGAGAAUGAAGUGCAGAUUGGAAUACCACAGGGUGGCUCACUCUUAGCCUCUCCGUUCCUGAAGGGCUUCCUGGCUGGCUAUGUGGUGGCCAAACUACGUGCCUCAGCCGUCUUGGGGGUCGCUUUGGGAACCCUUACAGGCAUCUACACCGCACAGACCUAUCAGGUGCCAAACAUUGAGACGACCAUAAAGGACUAUCUGAACUCCUUGAAGAAAGGUCCUAAUAAUUAACACGGCGAA